AAAUAUAACCAUACAUCACCUAAUAGGCUAAUACUCCAAACCUCCAUAUCUUUCAAGGAUUUUUUAAAGCUCAAUAAUAUCAGAAAGGGGAAAAGAUACGAUCAGUUUUUUGUGUUUCUCCUGCUGAUCUUUCAAACAAUUCAGACCAACAUGAGGCCUAAAUCCAGUCAAGCUCUAAGCCUUAAGGUCCUCCUGCUAGGGGUUUUCUUUGCUUUUCUCCUUCUUUUUGUGUUGAGAUCGAGUUUAUCAUCUUCCCAGGAAAAUUCUCCAUCUCCCAUCUUACAAACCUUUUCACCAGCUAAAACCUCUAAUGCUAUUAAAGAGAGCAAAACUGCAGCAAACUGCUCGCCAUCUUGUGACAAGAUACCACGUUCUCUCGCCCAAGCUCUGAUCCACUACUCAACUUCAGCGAUCACCCCACAGCAAACACUGAAAGAAAUCUCAGUGACAGCCAGAGUUCUAGAGAAAAAAUCACCCUGCAACUUCCUGGUAUUCGGCCUAGGCCACGACAGCCUUAUGUGGAGUUCACUCAACCAUGGUGGACGAACAGUUUUCCUUGAAGAAGAUGAAGCCUGGAUAGAGCAAAUCCGACGCCGGUUUCCCAUGCUGGAAUCCUACCAUGUCGCGUAUGACAGCAAGGUGAACCAAGCUGAGAAUCUCAUGGAUGUGGGCAAAGGACCUGAGUGCACAGCCGUUGGUGACCCUAAAUACUCAAUGUGCCAACUUGCAUUGAAAGGUUUGCCAAGUGAAGUUUAUGAGAUGAAAUGGGACUUGAUCAUGGUCGAUGCACCAACCGGGUACUACGAGGAGGCUCCAGGGAGGAUGACUGCAAUCUACACUGCUGGCAUGAUGGCAAGGAAUAGAGAGGAGGGAGACACUGAUGUGUUCGUGCACGAUGUGAACAGGGUGGUUGAAGACAAAUUCUCCAUGGCAUUUCUCUGUCAAGGGUACAUGAAAAAACAAGAAGGAAGGCUAAGGCACUUCAGAAUCCCAAGCCAUAAAGAUGGCCCGGACAGGCCCUUUUGCCCAGAGUGAUCGAUUUCACAAUUUUGUUCCUGGCCUUUUUCCCCUUCAUCAAUUCCCUUUUUUUUGAUGCUGUUUCAUGGGAAAAUUAUCCUUUUCUGUGUGCAUCUAUUUCCAAAAGGCAAAAUAGGUGAAGAUAUAUGGCAUGGACAAAUUCUCCAUUGCAAAUUGUUAUGCAUGCAUGAUGCCAGAGCCUGUAACGUUUUCAUCCAUCUGAUAUACAACUGCAGAAAGUUUAAUAAAACAUCAAUUCAAAAAUUCUCUCUA